AUGGGAGGUAGAAUCAACGGGUUUUUGGCAGGCGCCCUUUUCACGUCCGCGUUCGUGUACUAUACCGGCGAGUACAUAAAGAAGGACCUGCAGUUUGUAUCUCGACAGUUGAGAAUAUCCGAAACCAUCAUCAAUGAAGGAAUCAUCCAAGGCAAACAAUUGACGAGUCCAAUAGCACCUGCUGCCCCCAGAGGCACCACCACCGGUAAUGCUGGAAAGGUGGAAAGUGCCAAGGAUAUCUGGAACCAGGAAAUCAUCAACGCCGCCAAUUGGUUGUACAGUAUAAAUUAUUACAAAGGCUUGGAAAAUCUCGACUACUGGGCAAAUAAGUUGUCAGGUAAAUUGACUGAUGCAGUCAGUAACAAGCUCUUGGACGAAUCCCGUGAAAAAAAAUAG